AUGUUCAUAAAUCUGCCAUUUUUUAUUCUACGAGCAGUAGUUCCUAACCCCAAUUCAAUUCAAAUAUCAUUUGAACCUACGCGUGAAGAAUGUUUAAAUCUUUUAUUGUCAAUCCCGAGAAAAAUAAUUAAAACAGUACAAGAUAUACCAAGAGUUGAACAACUGUUAAUGAAACAACUGAAAGGUGAUUCUACUAUGGUAUUAAAAAACAUUCAUGAAACUGAAGAGGAUGUUCAAAAUAUGUUAAUUGAAGUUAGUAAGGUUCUGGAAAACAAUUUUUCAGGACCAGAAACUUACAUUACAUGUUAUAAAUCCUACUACUAUUUGUUAAAUGGCACUGAAGCUAAAGCCUUCGAUAAAUUUUUUUCAAGUGAUCCAUUUCCAUUAUUGACUGAAUUCAAUGAAUGGGUCAUCAAGUAUAUGACUAUAAAUGAAGAUAUCCUUAAACUUAGAGAUCGAGUGGAAUUAAAUUUAAUAAAACUAGAUGUAUCUGAGAAUAAAUAG